GCUUCCCAGCCUUCGCUCCCUGCGGAUCCCUGACUUUAUUUGGGAAAAGCAAGGUGCUCCGGGCCAGCCGGGAAAAGCAUCCCGGUGCUGGGAAGGGAGGAGAAGGGGAGCGAGCCCUUCGUGCCAUGGUGGCGGCUGGGAAGGCAGGGAAGGAGUGAGAUGUCCCGCCGGGAUCGGGAGCGAUCCGGGAGCCGGGGAGAUGGACCGGGAGCGGGAUGAUGGAAUGGGUGACAUCAUCAGGAAAGCAGCCCCGCCGCCCGGGGAGGGCAGCUAUAAAAAGGCCCAGAAGAAUGAGCGGGAGUCCAUCCGGCAGAAGUUGGCUCUGGGCAGUUUCUUCGACGAUGGCCCCGGGCUCUACACGAGCUGCAGCAAGAGCGGCAAGCCCAGCCUGUCCUCCCGGCUGCAGAGCGGGAUGAACCUGCAGAUCUGCUUCGUCAACGACAGCGGCAGCGACAAGGACAGCGACGGCGAUGACAGCAAGACAGAGACCAGCCUGGACACACCCCUGUCACCCCUGAGCAAGCAGAGCUCGUCCUACUCGGACCGAGACACGACGGAGGAGGAGUCGGAGUCUCUGGAGGACAUGGAUUUCCUCAGCAGGCAGAAGAAGCUCCAGGCUGAGGCCAAGAUGGCCCUGGCUAUGGCAAAGCCCAUGGCCAAGAUGCAGGUGGAGGUGGAGAAGCAGAACAGGAAGAAGUCACCGGUAGCGGAUCUGCUGCCACAUUUGCCUCAUAUAAGUGAAUGCCUGAUGAAGAGAAGUUUAAAACCCACCGACCUAAGGGACAUGACCAUUGGGCAGCUACAGGUGAUAGUCAAUGACCUGCACUCACAGAUAGAAAGCUUGAACGAGGAGCUGGUGCAGCUGCUGCUGAUCCGGGACGAGCUGCACACGGAGCAGGAUGCCAUGCUGGUGGACAUCGAGGAUCUCACCAGGCACGCCGAGAGCCAGCAGAAGCACCUGGCAGAGAAGAUGCCAACCAAGUGAAUCCCUCCUCUGCCUCUGCCCAGGGAAUUCCAGAGUCCCACUCCUGCUCAUUGACCAUGUCUGAAGCUUUCUGUCUGGUGAUUGGCCUCUUGCUUCUUAAUUUAUUUUAAUUUUUUUACUCGUGCCACUAAAUAUCAGGCGUUUUAAUUAAUAAUAAUAAUAAUAAUAAUAAUAAUAAUAAUGAUGUUAUUAUUAUUCCAGAAACAAAGAGAAUUGUACAGUACUUAUAACAUUAUAAAUCAUGGGUGAGAAGAGAGGGUAGUUUAACUUUAUUUUUUUGGUUGUUUAGAGCUUUUUUUUUUGGGGGGGUUGGAUGAUAUUUUACCAUUGACUACUUUUUUAUUCCCCACUGUAGUUUUCAAAUAAAAAACCUGUUCUUGACGGUGCUAUACAAGUCAACAACAAAAAAAUCCAUGCCUGCCUCGUAGUGACGUCGUAGCUUUCAGUAAUUUGUACAUUUUCCUCAGUUCUCAGCAUUCUGGGGGAUGUUCUCUCCCUGACAUUCGUUUUUAGGUGUGCUAUUAACACGAGCUGGGGCGCAGAGAGUUGGAAGUUUUUCUGUAAAAAGCUGUAAAAUAAAAAUUACCACCAUUGUUUCCUA